AUGAGGCGGCGGUACCUUGCCGCGCUCCCCGCCCCUGCACACUUGGGGCCGUUCGGGCGCGACGCAGCUGCCUAUAAGCGCAAGCCUCUUUCGGCUUUCCAGUCUGUCCCCGGGUCCUUUGGAACGUGGCAAACGUGGAAGCCGAGAGGGCUCUCGCGAGCGUUGGCGGAUUCUGCUCGAUGGGGAUGGGCCUGGGUGCGGUGCGGGGUGGGCGGACACGUGGGCCGCCCCGGAGCGGAGUGCGCCGCCUCUGGGCUUUUCACUGGGGAUUUUGUCCCCUUUCCCUGUACUCGGAAAGGAAGGCGUGCAAUCUCGCUUCUUACUAAAGAGAUCCCUGUUUUUUGCCCUGAUUAA